AAAAAACCCAAAAAACUCUCAAAGAAAAAAAAGAAAAGAAAUGGCGAUUAUUUGCACAACAACAACAACAUCUCCGGCAGAGAAAGAUCACGAACCAAAACAACAAGAUCUUGAAAACGACCAAACUCCUCCACUGAUCUUUAACCCUUCUCUUCUUAACCUUCAAUCCCAAAUCCCAAACCAGUUCAUUUGGCCAGACGAAGAGAAACCUAAACCUUCCGUUGAUAUCCCUGAGCUCAACGUCCCUUUCAUCGAUCUCUCAAGCCAAGACUCUACUCUUGAAGCUUCUAGACUCAUCGCGGAAGCUUGCACCAAACACGGCUUCUUCCUCGUCGUCAAUCAUGGCGUCAGCGAGUCACUCGUAUCCGAAGCUAACCGUUUAAUGGAACGUUUCUUCGACAUGCCUCCCGCCGGGAAACAGCGAGCUCAGAGAAAACCCGGUGAGAGCUGUGGCUAUGCUAGUAGCUUCACCGGAAGAUUCUCCACCAAGCUCCCGUGGAAGGAGACUCUCUCUUUCCGGUUCUCCAACGAGAAUAGUGGCUCGAGAACCGUUCAAGACUACUUCUCCGACACAUUAGGACAAGAGUUCGAGCACUUUGGGAAGGUGUAUCAAGACUACUGUGAAGCAAUGAGUUCUCUAUCACUCAAGAUAAUGGAGCUUCUGGGGCUAAGUUUAGGCGUAAACCGAGACUAUUUCCGAGGAUUUUUCGAAGAGAAUGAUUCGAUAAUGAGGCUAAAUCAUUAUCCUCCAUGCCAAACACCAGAUCUCACGUUAGGUACAGGACCUCAUUGUGAUCCAAGCUCUUUGACAAUCCUACAUCAAGACCAAGUCAAUGGCCUUCAAGUCUUUGUCGACAAUCAAUGGCGAUCCAUACUCCCCAAUCCCAAGGCUUUCGUUGUCAACAUCGGUGACACUUUCAUGGCUCUAUCGAACGGGAUAUUCAAGAGUUGUUUGCAUAGAGCGGUGGUGAACAGAGAAAGCGCGAGGAAAUCAAUGGCGUUUUUCUUGUGUCCGAAGAAAGACAAAGUGGUGAGACCACCAAGUGAGAUAUUGGAGAAGAACAAAACAAGAAAAUACCCUGACUUCACUUGGUCUAUGUUCCUUGAGUUCACUCAAAAACAUUACAGAGCAGAUGUGAAUACUCUCGAUUCCUUUUCAAAUUGGGUCAUUAGCAACAACAAUAAUCCCAUCUAAGAAACCAAAUUUCUAUCUAUAUAUCUUUUGUCUCUUUUCUUUUCUUCUUUUUUGGUUACUUUUGUCCUUUGUUCUCAUGGUGAAAUGCAUUAAUUUGGAUUUCAAAGUUUAAAACGUUAUGUUAUAUUGCUCCAAGUUUUAGACCAUGGCAUAUCAUAUGA